AAAUAAAAAAUAGCUUAUUGUCAUUGUCAGCACAUAGAAAAUACCUGCUAAUUUGUUUAUAAAAAUUGAUUCAAAUUGUAUGAGCUUUUUAGUUACAAUAUUCUUGUCACCUACUGUACGAUUGUAUAAACCCAGAAUUCAAAUGUUCUCAUAUAUUUUUUUUGUCUUGGUUAGGAGAUGGCUAACUUAUUGACAAAACUUUGUUAUUGACAAAUACUUUCUUUGGUGAACCUUUGUUUUUACCUUUAUAGCGAUGUCGAUCAUUGAUAAACUUGCAAAAGCUCUAGACGGUCUCAAGUCAAAUGACUUGAUUGGACGGUCUGGAGAAAAAGAAAAAUAUUGUCGAGUUACUGCCGAUUUAAUUUGUGCACCAAUUGUUAUGAAUUUUUCAUCAUUCCCUGAUCUUUUACACAAGUCGAUGGAUAGUUUAUUUAAAAUGUGUGAUCAUUCUGAAGCUAAUAUAAGAAUGGUAGCUGAGGAAAAUCUAAACAAAGUUGUUCGUUGCAUGAUUGAUUAUCGUAAAGUUGAAAUAUUUGUUGAAUUAUUAAAAGAAAUAAAGAAAAAUGAUACUGUUCGUCGAUUAAGAGCUGCUUUAUCCAGAUUUGGAAAUAUUUGUCAUUUAAUCAGCCCAGCUAGUCGUAAAAAAUUUGUUUUGUUCUUAAUACCUUGUAUAAAAAAAAUUGCUAUGAGAACAGAAGAUCCUGUGGCAGAAAUAUUGGCUCAAACUUUUCCAAAAAUCAUGCAAAGCUUAGGACAUAUUAUGUCUGAUAGCAAUAUAAAAAUGUUGUUAGAAGCAUUCGUUAACAAUCUCGUUACAGAUUCUUCAAUCAUACGAAGAUCAAGUGUUACUUGUAUAGAAUCAUUAAGUCUUUCUAGCAGAAAGCCUAUGGUUUUCAUUAAACACAUGCUGCUCAUAAACACUGUUUUAAUUUAUGAUAUUAACAAGUCAAUGGGGACGGAACGUGCAUGGGCAGAGAGUUGCGUAAUCCUUGGCAUAUUGAAUAGUGUUAAAAAUACAAUUCUCUAUCCUGAUCAAAUUUGUGAUAACUCCUACGAAUUGAAAUUAGAAUCGAAAAUUCUUCAAAAAAUAUAUUUACAGAUAUUUAGAUUUUGUUGUUUUACAAUAUUGCAUCCAGACUCUAAUAUAAUAAUGUGUGCACUAGAUACAUUAACACAAAUUUUUUUAUCUUGUCCAAGAGAUACAUUGCAAUUGCUUACAAAAAAAAAAAUGUUAAAUCAAACAAAGCUUUAUGAAACUGAAGUUGCUAAAAUGCAGACAACUGUAAAUUCUAUUAAAAUACCUAGAACAUUAGCUCAAAGCUUACAAAAAUCAUUUCACUACAGUUCAUCUGAAAGUUUAGAAACAUCAUUUGUUCAACUUUCUCUACCGAGAUUUGAAGAAGAACCUAGGUCAAUUUCACAAUCCAUGGAAUCAACUAGACCUUCAUUAUCAUCAGCUAAUUCGAUGACAAAUUUGUACUCAGAAUUUGGGGAUGAUAGUUUGAGUGAGGUUGAUUCAAUCGUGGAUAAUGUAUUUUUUUCUGAAUAUGAAAACACUCCGGAAUUUGAUGUGCAAAGUAUAACUUCUGAACAUAGUUAUCAUUCAGCUUCUGGAUCAGUUUUACAACUAGAAUUGGAAUUUUUAAACCAUAUUUAUGAGGAUGUUCCUUUAAAUGUGCUGUGUGUCAAAAUGGUUACACUUUUCUUGGCACCAGAAUCUAGUAAAUCAAUCAGGACUGGUAUUAAAUCAUCAGCACUUGGAUGUCUAACAGAAAUGUUGAAAAUUGAUCCAAAUUUAGCUUUUAUUACCUACAACUCAUCAGAUUCUGCAGAAACAGUACUAAAUGUUUCUAUUAGCUAUACCAGUCAUGAAGAUCAUCUUUUGAGAGGCAUGGCAAUUAAAUUAGUUGGCACAUUUAUUGAAGUAAUUCUUAGAAAUAAUUUUGGUGCAUUUAAAGUACAAAACAGUGCAGUUGGGUCAUCAAAUAUAGUGAUUACAGAUCUAAUCAAUAUCAUUACCCAAGGAUUAAAAGAUGAUUCAUAUAUAUGUGUAUGUCAUUCACUCUCGGCUGUAUCAGUAUGUUUAAUGCCUCUUUUAAAUAGUAAUAUAUCAAAUAGUGUCAUUCCUAUACUUGAAACAAUAUUGUCAGGUUUGAGUUCUUAUUGGCUUGUUAAGGUUAAAUUAUUAGAAAUCAUAGAAAGUCUGUCUUUUAUGACAGUUUAUUUUGCAACUAAUAGUUCAAUGUACCAAGAUAGAAUUUUGAAUCGUAUAGUUUUUAAAUAUCUUUAUGAUAAUGAAUAUAGUGUGAGACGUGCAGCAUCUAAAUGUUUGUUGAGUAUUGUUCAUAAUUGUUAUUAUAAAAUUGAUUAUAUGCAACAAGACGUCAUUACCUCAUGGGUUUGUUCAAAUACAAGUCUGUAUUGUACUAAUAUGCUUCAGCUCCAAAAUUACAAAUUCCACAAUAUGUAUAUUGAAGCUUCUUUAUCCCGUAUAAUAAACCGUUUGACUAGCGAUCUUAUUAAAAAUCAAUCGGCUGUUGUGGUUGCUGGAUGCAUUGAAGCACUAACAACUUUAUCUAAUUCUUUCAAAUCACCAGAAUAUUCAAAUAUUUGGAAGUGUUCAUUUACUAAAGGACUUCAUUCAAAUUCAAGUAUAAGUUCAUGUUCAGGAUUAUUCACGUCUAUACUUUCCACAAUGACAUUAACAACUGCUGCUUUUGAUUUAGAAAUGCAUUGCUGGAUGUUAAAAUUAUCUUCAAAUUUAAUUACAGAGUUAAUUCAUUCAUCACAAAAUAUUAGUAUAAAAGAACAUAAGAUUGAUUUCAGCAAAUAUAAUAGAUGGUUUGAAGACGAUAAAUUAAAGAAAUAUUAUAAUGAAUUAUGGAAACACGUUCUAAAGUUAUUAAACGUUUUUCGAAACGUAGUACUGGACUAUAGAGAACCAACACAUACCCCAACUUCAGUACAAAAGCCAGGCGAAAAUGAUAAAGACAAAAAAAACUUAAGAGAUGCACCAAGUCAUAGUAAUUAUUACCAUAAAUUGCAAUCUGUAGUUAAAUCAUCAUACAACAAUUACAAAGUGUCUCUAGAAAAUACAAGCAAUGAAAAAUUUAUAAGAUUUCUUGAAUCAGUUUUAGAUACUUUAAAGAUAUUGUUAACAUUUAUAAGUACAACUGAAUGCCAACAACACGUAGAUCGCAUACUUCUUUGUUUAACUGCAAUAUUUAAUUUAACACCUAGUUAUAGCUCUAAAGUUUUGGCUGAAUUGUUUAAGUGUUUGACAUCAAAGUAUAAUGUAUCAUCAAAUCAACAAAUAUUUAAUAGAAAAGAUUCUAUGUUCAUUAAAAAUGACUUACAAACACUGUGCAUGUACACUCAAGCAUUACAAACACCUUAUGAAUGUUUAUCAAACUUUAUCGAUACUAAAAUUAAAGUCACUCAACAUGCAAAUAAACAUUGGGAAGAUGAAAGAGAUAGACGAACAACAAUGAGCGGAAAACUGUAUUGUGCUAGUUCAGAAAAUUUAGAUUUUUCUUCAAAUCUAAAAUGUUUUCGACCAUUGACUAUCAAAUGCUUGAAGGAAUAUGUAAUUACUGGAGAUGUAGAAUUGCAAUCUUCAAUUCUAGAUUUACUUACAGUGUUACUUCAAAGCAAAGUUAACUUAAAUGUGAUAGACCCAAAACAUGAGUUUUUGAAUUUUGUUUUUAGCCAAUUUGAUUAUCUUGAAAAUGGUUUAUUUAGGGAUCCAAAAAAAUUUAUCUCAACUAUAUUUCAAUUUUUUAUUAAUUUAUCUGAAGAUAAAAGUCAAUCAAACAUAAUUCCCGAAGCUAUACAUUUAUGUGAUGGAUUAAUGGCUAGUGGAUAUCCUCCAGAACUGUAUUGUAUCCCAGCAAUAUUACCAAUUGUUGAAUAUGUCUAUGUAUUAAAAUCAGCAUUUAUGGUAAAUUCUUCAGAUUUAAAAGAACUUGAAGCUCAAAGGGAGAUGUUAUUUGCAAUGUUAUUAAGAUUAUGUCAGUUUAACGAAGUGGUGAGCAUUCUAAGUCUUGUAAUAAUGGAAGGCAGUGAAGAAAAGUGGAAAAAACAAUCUAGACAAUUAUAUGAUACUCUUUAUACAUCAUUAGGUGGUUGCAAAAUUCAAGCAUCCUUGCCAUCAUUGAUUAAUCUGUUGUUAACAUUACAUCCAUCUUCUUAUAGUAUUCAACAACAACUCCAUGUUAUGUUCAAUACUUGUUAUGAUGGAGAAAAAUGUACCCUGGAACCUUGGUUAAAUACUGUACUAUCCAAUUUAAUCAUAAUUCUCAUUCAAAAAUCUGAAGAUUUAAUUCUACUUAGGAUUUCUGAAUCAGACAUAUCAAUAAGCUCAAAUUUAUUUGAACUUAGUACACAGUCCGACCCUUUAAAUGCAUCAAUAUUAAGUAAAAAUAAAUUUCCUGGUGAAGAUACUUUUUCCAAGUUUUUGUUUAGAGUUAUAUAUUUAUCUACCAACGAUAUCAUACUAUCCCUAAGUCAUCCUCAACCUAAUUGUGAAAGCAAAGUGUGCUUACUAUCAGAAUUUCUUCUAACUUGUCAAUAUAUAGUGCAAUCUGGUAAUUUUCCAAAAGUUGUAAAUUCGUUACGGAAUUUUCUUAACGAUUCAAUAUUUAUUAAACUUCAUAAGAAUAUUAUGACCUUGUCAAUGGUCUACCCUUUACUUGUAUUGCACUGGGUACAGUUAGUUGGUCUUUUAGAUCACAACGAUAUUGAAUUUUGGAAAUCAAUAUUGAAUACAAAUUCUACAGAAUCUCAAUUGGGUCGUUGUUUUUAUCUAAGUAUUGUUCAAAAGGGUUGUUUUUUGAUUCUAUGUGAAGUAUUAAAUAAAAAUAUUAAUUUAGACAAUGAGUUAUUGAAAUGGUUUUUGUCUGAAUGUGUCAUUCAACUGUUAGAAAUGGGAAAUGAGACUUCAACGCAAGAAUUUCUCAACUGCAUACAUAAAGAUCAAAAUUUAAGUUUGAUGCACAUAAUAGCUGUAACCGAAAAAUGUGUUAAUGACAAACUGGACCUAACUAAUGAACUGUUACGAAGUAUGAAUGAAGCACAUCCUGCACAUUGCGGUGAAGUAAUAAAAUUAAUUUUACCUGCUGUGUUAGAAGAUCCACACUUAGCAUUGUCACAAUUUGCUAGCUCUAUAGCAAUCAGAAAAAUGGAAUACCUUCUCGCUUUGCCUGUUAGUGAAAGUUCUAAUCAAUUAAGCAAAGAAGAAACCUUACAGAUCUUAGAGUAUUUUAAAAAUUCAAAUGUUUGUAUAAAGAAUCGUUACUGUAUAUUGAUAUCAUUGUUCAAUAAAUUUGGUACUCAAUGUUAUGAUUUUUCAAGUGUAGAAAUUGAUCAAAAUAAAACUGUCAAUACUCUGGACAUUAAAAACAUUUUAAUAGACAAAAAUUGGUAUUUUGAUCAAGUAAAUAUAAGAUGUUGUCGAAAUGACUGUCCCAGUUUUGAGUCAGCCAAAUUAUUGUCAAAUUUGCCAUUGCAAGAUGCCAUCUCUAUUAUGCGUUGUGAUGAUUUCAAUCUUGAUAUACUUCAAUAUUGUUUCACUGUAUCAACUCAAAUCACUAUAAAAUCAUGGAAAUUAUUAACUGAAGAUACAACUAACUUGGAAUUGUGUCCGUUGUUUGUAGCUGCUCGAUUUGUCUUAGUGGAGCACAUUCAACAAGCAUGUAGUUCCUUGCCUAGAUUUCAUCAAAUAUUUUUACCGGUGGUCAAAGAAUUAAAUGAAAAACAAAAUAUGUACAAGACGCGUAUGAGUCAACUAUUUGAAGAUAGUAAAUUUAUUAAAAUUAUAUGGUUUUUAACACCAGCAAUUUCAAAGUUUUUAGAAUGUGUUAAAUUUUUGUCAAAACACAAUUCAAAAGAACAUAUUAUUUUAAUGGACUCUAACAAAACGCUUUUGAAAUAUACAGUUUUACUUUUUGAAGUACUAAAAUGGAAGUUGGUCAAACGAACAGCUGCUACUAGCAGAAUACAAUUGCUUCUCAAGUGUGCAUACAACAUUUUUAACGGCUGUGGGUUGGCUAAUGAGUUGUGCUCCACAGAACUGGGAUCGAUAGCUUCAUCAUUAGUGUCAGUGGUAGAAUUCAUUACAGAGGAUGUACUUUUGAUCAUGUCUGAUGACUACUAUACAGAGACUACAGAUUUAGUACCCAUAUGCCGGCAAAUUUCAUCUUUGCUUUCUUGGGUGGAAAAUUCUCGACCAUUACUGUCAAAUUUUCAUCUAGACCAACUGACAUGCUUAAUCGUACAAAUAAUAAGUCGUCAUCCAAUGGUAAAUGGAUUUGUGCGUGUACCUCCCAUUACAUGGAAAAUGUUGCAAACACCAGCCAAUAUUGUUGAUUUUAACAUACCAGCAAUGCCUAUUGAUGUAUUGCAAGAAAUUGAUGUACUCAAACAAUUUGUGUCUAGACUCAGUGUAGUUGGCUGGAACAGUAAACAACAAUUUGAAGAGACCUGGAUGACAUUGUUGAGCGUUUUAGUUCCAUCCAGUGAAACUGAUAUACCGAAAGAAGAACAUAUCUCUCGCAUACAAGCUAGUAGUGCAGCUGUAAAUGGAAUUACACAAUUGUUUAGUCAGACGUUAUUUGAAUGUUAUCCCGGUGAUACCACCAACAAUAAAUUCUUACACGUGUCAAGAGACAUUCCACUCAACUUGUCUUGUCAUAAGUGGUUUGUGAAAUUAGAAGAAGUCAAUGAUCUUAUAUACUCAACAUUUUGCACAUUUAAAAGAACAGCUGGUAAAGAGGCAUUAUUGGAUCGUUAUGAGUGUAGAGCUAAUAUUGAGAGAAUUCAUGACCAGCAUCGAUAUAGUUAUCAUCAGUUGUCAGUAAAAUUUUUACAAACGGCAAUAACAGAUCAGUGGAAAAGUUCCAAUAAUAUUGCACCAAGAAAUUCAAUGUUAGAAAUGAAGUUGUACGAAAGGACCAAUGUAUUAAAUGGAAGUGGCUUGGAUCUGAACUCUUGUAUAUUGCUGUUAAAGGAAGUGUUUAACCAGUGGAUGGAACCAAAAACACGAGGUUCUCUAUCACAAAUUAACGAAAUGAUAAAAUGUCUCCUCGUAAUGUCAGAUUUGUUCACUGAAAGAGAACAUUAUAUAUGGAUGCUUAAUGUAUGUUUGGAUUUAUCGCAAUCACAUCACCAUGAAGAUCUAUUGUUACAUCAAUACGUCAUAAUCGCUGCAGCCAAAGCAAUGGCUAUUUCUAUUACCGAGGAUAUCAGUAUUCGAGAGAAAGUGUUGAAAUUAAUUGAUAAUGGUCUCAAAAGUAAUUGCCGUUUGACCCAAUUGGCCGCUCUACACGGCUUACUUUAUUUGUUAGAAGGAUGUUUUAUCAUGAAUAAUGUGUUGCCAAAUAGUUCAGAAAUUGUGCAGAUGGCUGUGGAUUUUGUACAAAAACAUCUAUGCACUGAAUAUUCAAUGUUAUAUGAAUGCGAAUGGCAGCUAUGUGUGAUAUCGAUAGCAUUCUACAUAGUAGAACAUGGGUCAGAUAAUAUUGAAGACGCAUUGCUCAUGUCACUGGAAGGCCUCACUAAAUUAGUAUCAUCGUCUAGACAUUUUAAACUAUACCAAGCUCUUAUACAGGGUUUUCAAAGGAUCAUAUUUGUAAAACAUUCAAAUGAAAACAUUGUGGAGCAAAUUACAACAUUAGCUUUGGACAGGUUAUCCAAUGCUCCUCCAGGAUUUUCCUUGCCAGCAUUGCAGUUACUUUUAUCAUGCAUUUAUGCAGAACAUUAUAAUGAAAAUGUCGAAGGUGAUAUUGAUCCCGAUAUGAUUGUUGUUGAAAUGGAAAAGAUAAGCGUCAUGUUUGAAAGAAUAAAGAAAGGAUGUUUACUGGAAGUAGAAGUGACAACAGUUAUAAUGGCUAAAGUGUUAACAGAUAUAUUUCCGGCAUCGUACGUACUCAUGAGAGUUGUCAGCGAAUUUCUUUCUCCAAAUCAACCUCAUCCGACAUCUAUGUGCACAGUUGUUAAUCAAAUAUUUGAGCAAUUGAUUAAGGAAUCACAAUUGGAUCUCUUACAAGAUUGGGUUAUUACAACACUCAGCAAUUUUACCCAAGGUCUUCAAAUACCAAUGGCAAUUUAUUGUCUAAUCAGUUUUUUUAUAAGUUCAUCAAAAAAUAAAUGGCUAAGAGCGAUAUUUCCUCACGUUAGGUUAAGGCUUGGUCGUUAUGAAUAUGAAGAUAGAAAAUUGUUAUGCAUUGCUGCAAUGGACUUUUAUCAUAGCCUUUCUAAUGAAAACCAAAAGCAAUUAUACAAAGAAUCAUUCCAAUCUUCAGUCAAGUCGAAAAAUCCUUUUCAAGAUAUUAUAUUAUGUUUGGAGUAAAGUUAUGGACUCCAAAAUAUGUUAAAUGUAAGA